GAGCCACAGCAGGGAGAAGACGGAGCUGUCAAACACCGACAGUCGUUUGAAAUAUUAUCACAGGAGCGGAUAACAAAACCACAUUACUUUCCCAAUGUAUAGAUUAAUGAACGACAGCGGCAGACUUUGUGCUUUAGUUUGGAACCCAGCAGCUGGAAAAUGGACUUUUAAGGCGUCGUUGACAGCAACUUGUUGUUAAGUGCGCGUUUGGCUCCCCCUCAUAAGCUAAUGUUAGCUUUUCGCUUCGCUCCAGUUUUGUUGACAAAACCAGCCGAUUGGCGAGUCGUUCAGCCAGCUGCGGUGUUAUUUUCUCAGAAAUGUCUCCGGGUAGAAGCAUGGUUUCCAUCCCGGACUCUUCUCGGAACCCUCUAUGUGAAAUAAAACAAGCUCUUCAAGGAUAGUCGGGUAUGUGAAGAUCAUUCUGGACAACUGAUGCAAAAAACCGUGAGGAAUUGGACUGGUUGGUAACCCUUUAGGGCAUGAGAAACAGGAGCUUCACCGUGAAAAAAGAAGCUGAAAUCUAUGUGUGUGAUAUAUUUCCUACCACAACACAAACUGAGCACACGCAUCGCUGCUGAAACCCUCGGCACUGUUUAGACUAUCCAUUCCUCUUGUCAUGAGGGUACGUUAUAGAAAAAGGCCCAUAUCACCUUCUUUCACAUCGCCAUGGACCGGAACAAACGCAACUCCAUUGCUGGGAUCCCAACAUGGCCGGAACGCCUCCAGGAGGACAGGGACGGGCCUGGAGGCGAAGGGAACAGUGAGAUGGGCCCGCCUUCACAGAUGGGCAGGGUGUGUCCGUCCUCCUACAGAGCCCUCAUCAGUGCCUUCUCGUGUCUGACACGCCUUGAUGACUUCACCUGCGAGUGGAUCGGCUCAGGGUUUUUCUCUGAAGUCUUCAAGGUACGUCACAAAGCUUCGGACCAAGUUAUGGCUCUGAAGAUGAACAAACUCAGCAGCAACAGGGCGAACAUGCUGAGAGAGGUCCAGCUAAUGAAUCGACUCUGCCAUCCAAACAUACUCAGGUUUAAGGGAGUAUGUGUCCAUGAGGGCCAGCUUCAUGCUUUGACUGAGUACAUCAAUGGAGGAAACCUGGAGCAGCUUCUAGACAGCAACAAGCACCUGAGCUGGCCGGCGAGGGUGAAGCUAGCCUGUGAUAUCGCCAGCGGUGUGGCGUAUUUGCACUCUAAAGGCAUAUUCCAUCGGGACCUCACCUCCAAGAACUGCUUAAUCAAGUGUGAGGACAAUGGCUACACGGCAGUGGUGGGAGAUUUCGGCCUGGCAGAGAAGAUCCCCAACAAACUUGCUGAAGGAGAGAAGCUUUCAGUGGUUGGAUCUCCUUUCUGGAUGGCUCCUGAGGUGUUGAGAGAUGAACCUUAUAAUGAGAAGGCUGAUGUUUUCUCCUAUGGAAUAAUCCUUUGUGAAAUCAUUGCAAGGAUCCAGGCUGACCCCGACUUCCUUCCUCGCACGGAGAACUUCGGCCUGGACUAUCACACGUUCCAGCACAUGGUUGGAGACUGUCCGCCUGACUUCCUCCAGCUGGCCUUCAACUGCUGUAACAUGGAUCCUAAACUCCGUCCGUCGUUUCCGGAAAACGUCCGGCAGCUGGAGGAAAUUCUGGCACGUCUCAAAGUCGUAGAGAUGGAAAACGAGUCCAGCAGCGGGGAGAACGAAAAGAAAGCCUUGCCCAAAGCGGAGAAAAUUCAAGGCUUCAAACGACUGAAUCCUCUUGGCUGCCAAAACGAUAAAAUCCCGCCCAAAUCGCCUCGGCCCAGACGGAACAUCUGGCUCAGCCGCAGUCAGUCGGACAUCUUCUCCUGCAAGCCAGGGAGAAACAUCAACGUCCAGGACCCUUAUUACGACCCGCCCACCUCUCAGAGGAGCCCCCGCACCCGUAAGAUCAACCCCUUCACCGCCAGAGAGGACCUUUGCGGGGGGAAGAUCAAGUUUUUCGACGUGCCCAGCAAGUCCGUCUUCUCGCUGGUUUUUGACCUGCACUCUCCUCCGGGGAGCGUGUUCAGUAACCAGGCCUACGGACCCCCAGGAUCCCAGCAGGAGACGUCCUUUUACUGGCAGCAGCUGCCUGGGAGGCAGUGCCACUCCCUGCCGGUGUCCCCCCAGCUGCCUCGCUCUGAGAUGUCCUACCUGGUCGACCCCAUUGGCUCCAACAUCACUGGUUCUGCUGCUUGUACGUCUGCUCUGCUCUCCAACACGCUUCCAGCAACCAAUUCCAAGACCGACACGGGGCCGAUACUAAACGACAUCCGACAGAAAGCGGCGCUGAGCUGUUGGGCCAGAAAGUUCGUGGUGGUGGAGAUCCCGCCUUUCUGCAGGCAGAGGGGAGGGGCCAACGAGGGAGGAGGGGGGGACGCGGAGGCGAGGACGGAGGACACUAGCGGGGAGAGCUGGUCUCCGAUGCUCACGGGCAGCGAAACGGACAGCGGAGAGGCAAUGGACUGCUCCGGUGGGCGAGAAGUGGAGGAGGAGAGGAGGGAAAGGGGGAUGGAGAGCUGCGUUGGCUUACCGUGAGCGAGACUGAAGGACUCUGAACUGCUUCUUUCAGGGGGGGGGAGAUAAGACUGGAAAGAUUUAUUAAUAAAAGCACUCACUCUAAUCUGUCAAGUGAAUGUAUCAGAUUUGGAAUGAAUAAACCACUUGAUGUGACGAAUAACUGUCUUUCAAAGCGAUCACCCGGUUAGCACAGCAGGCUUCACACUUUCUGUAAAGAUUAUAUUCUGAAACAAAGUUGUUGAUAUUUAAUAUUUUGAGAUGUAGCUAUUUUUUUUCCCUCAAAGACCGUCCUGUAUUUUUUUUUUUCUCCUCUGUUUUUCCUGUGGGAUAUUGAUGAUCCCUUUGUGUAGCCUGUGUGGAUUUAAAAAUGUGUUUUGAUAUUUUUCAGUGUUUGCUCCGAGACAAAUGCUUCUGCUACAUUAAAGAAACAAACCCCC